UUUAAAUUAACGCCAGGUGCCAUCAGGGCGGGGCUGCAGGGGUGUGGCACCUGCCCUAUCUUGGGUGCGUUUAGUUCGAUUGAACGUUUGAUAUGUUGCAUAACGGUUUGUUCUGAACGACAUGUUUCCCCAAAACACCAACACCCGUUUCAAGGUGCAUUUAUGGAGCCGAGGUCUGUAUGUUUUUGUCAUUCUAUCAUGUGUAGUUUAAAACUACUGAAUAUUGACUGAGUAACAUGUUGUUCCCUGCUCCCUGUGUUCUGCUAUUUUAGGGGUUUGCAAUAACUUUGGUGCGUCAUGAAAGCACCAUAUGUUAUAGAAAUCUGUCAGUCGAUGACAGAGUCGAAUGUUUUGACGCAUGCAACAUCUGAGCAGGGGAACAAGACCAUAAUUAUGGCUAAAACCCUUAUUUCUACAAUUUGUCCUUGUUCGAGAGGAACAAAUCUGUAAUGUAUCGUUGGUAAAUUGUGACUGACUGACUGAUUUACAAAUAAUAAUGAGUAGGGCUAGUUAUUUAGAAUGCAAGGUUCUUUAUAGAUCAGUCAGCAGACACCUGCAUUGAAGGCUGCCAUGCCAUACAAAUCCAAAUAUAGAGUUAUAUGGGAUUAGAUGCCCCCUGGGGUAAAAUGAGCCCCCACCCCCCUGUAAAAUUCUCACAAAAACCACAUGAUGUAAAAAUAUACAAAUAAUAAUAAUAAUAAUAAAUAUCAACAGUUCCUCAGCCUUCCUUGAUCAACCACAAGUGUAUUCAGUUCCAUAAUUCCAUCAAAACGAUUUUGAGGAAAGUUUAUAAUUUCAAUUGCAAUUUAGAAAAAGUAAUAGAUAUAAUCCAAGGAAGUUAGAUCCAUUAUUAUUUUUUAAAUGUACAUGUAAGGAAUCCUUAAGAUAAAUCUCCCACUUGUUUAGAGAGAAAAAUGUUGAUUGUUUUUUUGUGAAGUAGUAAUAUGUUAGGUUAGUAUGAGGAGAUGCCCCUCCUCCAGUGGGGCAUCUCACCCAUUUAUGGUGAGGGUUAGUGGUCACCCAUUUAUUUAGGGUUAGGGGUCAGAGUUAGAAUAGGGGCCAGGUUAGACAAACAUGCAUAGACUGGUUUUACAGUUUUAUGAAGCGGCACACAGGAUUAUCCAUCCGUAUCCCACAAGCAACCUCUGCCACAACAUCAACAUCCGCCGCAACCUCCACCCCACAGCCUACUCAACACUCACAGGUCUCCAGUGAACUUGCUCUUAAUGUUGUACCAGUUCUACAACAACAAACAGCGGCAGAUGUCAUAUUGGAGUUGUCCCCCAGGCCAAGGAUACAGGAGGCGAGUCCUAGGAAAAUAAAGGCUGAGUCAGCUAGUCCUGACAGCCUCACCCCACAAGAGGUUCCUGGAGGACAAGGCAAAACAACUUUGAGAGAACUAAGAAAGCAAAAGGAAAAGGAAACAAAAGAAAGCUGUGGUGCCACUGAAAAAGGUUCUUCCAGGUUCCAAAACCACAACAAACACCCUAAACGAGCUCUUCUCUGUUACCGGUGGGGACUGGAUACGGUGCCAGCAGUGUCAAAGUCCAGUGGUGGAGGUAAUAGCAGCAAGAAUGAUUUUCGACGAAAGUGGGACAAAGAUGAGUAUGAACAACUGGCUCAAAAACGUCUCGACGAGGAGAGAGACAAAAAAGAUGGCAAGCCAGCGCCCCCAGUUAAGCGGGAACUCCUGCGACACAGGGACUACAAGGUGGACCUCGAGUCCAAGUUGGGUAAAACCAUUGUUAUCACCAAGACCACACCACAGGCUGAGAUGGGCGGGUACUACUGCAAUGUGUGUGAUUGUGUUGUGAAGGAUUCCAUCAACUUCUUGGACCACAUCAAUGGCAAGAAACACCAGAGGAAUCUGGGAAUGUCCAUGCGCGUAGAGCGAUCCUCAUUGGACCAGGUGAAGAAACGAUUUGAAGUUAACAAGAAGAAGAUUGAGGAGAAGCAGACGGAGUAUGAUUUUGAAGAGCGCAUGAAAGAGCUUCGAGAAGAGGAGGAGAAAGCAAAGGCUUACAAGAAGGAGAAGCAGAAGGAAAAGAAGCGCAAAGCAGAGGAGGAUCUUUUUGAGGAGGAUGAUGAAAUGGCUGCUGUGAUGGGAUUCUCGGGGUUUGGUUCAUCAAAGAAAGGCAAAUGACCUAAAGACUUUAUGCAUUUCUUUACACUCUACAACCUUUCCCUUUCAGCUGAUCAAAGUAAACUUUGCUGUCUGUAGUAUUCUAUCAGCCUGUUCCCAGAUGUGCUAAAGCCAGCUACUUGUUGUCAUGAGCACAACAAAAGGGUUGGCUAUAGAGCAAACUGUUCUGCCACCAGGUCGGUAGUCUAUGACUCAUCCCCAAAACCCCCCAUUCUAUUCCCAAACCAGCCUCCCAAAAAAACUAAACGCAUGCUGUACAUACAGUCUGAGGAGUCCCUGAAACUGCUAGGUUUGUGGUUGAUAUAAUGGGAUAACAUGUCAUAGUAAUACAAUUAGUAAUUUAUUGGGAAUUUUAUAUCUGAAUUUAGGGUAAAUGUCCACAGAUGUUUAAAAAUAAUAAUAACUUACAACAGGUUCCCAUUGACCUUGAAGAUUUCUUUGUGUGUUCAUUUGCCUACAUUCCACUAGUUGCACUACAUGUUUUUUCACGCAAAUAUAGUGGAUGUUUAUCUGCUAUCAAAUAUGUCAGUUAUUGGACAGUGCAUUUUAUUUUAUUUGACUUUAACUGUUCGGCCCCCAAAUAACAACCUCACAACUAAAUGCUUCCCUAAUAAAUUCCACCUAGAAACAUGGGG